GCAAAUCGCAACCCGCAAGACGCUAGCGGCUUGCCAAGCCAUUCAUUUUUAUUUUAUGAAACAAUAUUGAACAUGAUUAAUGUUUCUUUCUAUUCUAAACCUAGUUCCUUAUUGUGUAAUGUUUAUUGCAACUAAAUAAGUACUAGUGUUCCGCCUACGCUCGUGCCUGCCAAUACAGGUUUUAAAUUAUAAUUUAAGGUUAGGUAUUAUAUAGUAUUUACUUUUAACAAAUAAGCAACAUGGUUCAGGCAACAGACGAGAUGGAAGUGCCUGACUUACCUCAGGCAGUAAAAUUGUUAAAAGAAAUGAAUACAAACGUCCAACAAGUGUCUAACCUUGUUGACAAUAUGUUAGUUCGCGUUAAAGAUGGCGAAUUGUCUACUGAUAAAGGUUUGAGCUUUUUAGAAAUGAAAUAUCAAAUGCUACUAGGCUAUUUAAUUAAUUUAACUUACAUUGUAUUACGAAAAUGUUCCGGAGAAAAAAUCGAAUCUGACCCAUCUAUAGAUAGACUAAUAGAAAUAAGAACUGUACUUGAAAAGAUACGUCCCAUAGAUUCUAAGUUGAAGUAUCAAAUUGAUAAACUUGUUAAGACUGCAGUGGUUGGUGCCAGUUCAGAAGAUGAUCCACAAUCCUACCAUGCUAAUCCAUCAAAUUUAAUGAGUAAAAUAGAUAACAGUGAUGAAGACUCAAGUGAAAUGUCAGACAGUGGUGAAAAACCAAAAGAUAACAAAUCUAAUAUUUAUGUUCCACCUAAAUUGGCGGCUGUACAUUAUGAAGAAAAUGUUAAAAGAUUAGAUACUGAAAAGAAUAAAGAGCGAGCAAAAAAACAAUUUCUUAACUCAAGUGUGAUGAGAGAACUUCGUGAAGAAUAUUCAGAGGCACCAACAGAAGUAACUACCGGAAACUAUGUCAAACAUUCAAUAUCUAAACAAGAGCAAGAGAAGACGGAAUAUGAAGAGAAUUACCUUACUCGAUUACCAGUUACUAAAGCUGAAAAGAAUCGCCGUAGAAAAUUGACAACUGUUGGAAUGUUAGCUGAUGAAAUUACUGGUAAUCGCAGUGUAUCACGUAAACACAAAAUGAAAUCUAAAAAAGGUAAAGGAUUUAAAAGGAGGAAAACCCAUUAAUAGUUUUACAAUUUUAUUAAGCUUCAGAACACUGUUAGAUUUGUGUUGUAAUAAAUCUAGUUUUCAUUUAAAAGUAAAAAAGUUCUAAGCUUUUAUAAUAAAUUGAUAAUUCUAACUUAUUACUCAAAAUGAAUAUUGGCUUUUCAUAAUAUUGCAGUUCUGUAUUAUAUUUAUAAUACUAAGAACUUUAAAAUUUAUAUUUUUAUAACUUUUUAUGUGCAUACUAAAUAUAAAGUAUGUGUUAACAUGAUUAUUCUAAAUUUUUGCUUUGGGGGUUGGAUGUUUGGUUAAUAUUAACAAUAAGAACUGUAAAAGAAACAAAUUAAUAGGAGUUUUAGCAAAAUAAAUGAAUCUAAACAGGGUUUAAAGUAGCAUGUAACAUUUUAAUUUAUGUUUAAAAUUGUUGUCCUGAUUUAAGCCCUGCUUUAUGUACAUAUUACAACUAUAAAAUCACAAGCAACAAUAACUAGAUGAUAUAGACAUGUAAUUUUAUAUUAAAGUUUAGUAUACAGGGUACAGAAUAUAUAUUUCAGUUGCUAGAUUCAUUGCACAACAUUUUUAUUUGAAAACUAUAUAAUGUUAAAUAGUUUUAAAAAGUUACACAUAGCCGUGAUUUUAUGCCUUGCCCAAUCCUUAAAAUAUAGCCAAAUUAAAAUAUAUCAUGAAAUAUGUGUAAAUAGAAAAUAUUGAUAAAAAUAAAAACUCAAUUACUUUAAAUUUUUCAAACUGAUCAUAUUAUGUUAAUGUUUUUUAAGAUUUUGUUGGUGAUCUUAUAAUUUGUCAAGUGUCUCUUGUUAUUUUUGGAAACCUAGUGACAAGUGUAAUGUAUUAUUUAUGAAAUACCAAUUAUAUUUUCUAUUUGUAAUGAUUUUGCUGUUAAUCAAGUGCUUGUGUAUGCCUUUUGAUUAUUAGUAAUAUUAUAAAGUUUACAUACAUAAUUUUUCAUCAUAUUUUGUUCAAUGGAAACAAUAUUUUUUUAAGUUUUUAUGAUUAGGAAAUUAUGUUAUUGUCUUAUUAGUUGUAUUGUUUUGUUUUAUGAUUAUGUUAACUGAUAUACUAAGUGUAAUUAGCUUUUUACACUUAAGUAUAAAAAUUAUUUAAAUUUAAGCAAACCAGAAAUUGUUAUGAUUAUCAGUAAUUGUAAAUGAAGGCAAUAUGGAGUGUCAUAAUCUUUACUAAUAGAAGUAUAAUAAAUGUACCAAAAUAACAAAAUGCAGUUUAUUAGAUCUCAAGAAGUUUCCUUUAUGGGAGUUUAAAGGUUUUGUUUUCUCCUAAUUUUUCAAGUUGAUUUAUUAUUAAUAUUAAGUUAAGUAUGUUUGUGACUGGUAUGAUUGAAUAAAUACUUUUUUUUUCA